UCACACCCCCUGCCCCCUCAUGCCAUCCGCUCCCCCCGCCCCUACCCUCCGCGUGCCCGCUCCCUCGCCGCCUCUUUUGACCCUCCCUGCCCCCCUCGCCGUUACCCACCGCUCGCCAUUCGCUCCUCCCCGCCCGUGCCCUCCCCUCGUUUACCUUCGCCUCCCCCCUCCCCUCCUCUGCUGCACGCCUCUUCCUUCCCCUCGCUAACCCACUCCACUCCCUGCCCCUCCUCAAUCCGCACCCUGCCCCUCGUUUCUCGCCCCCCUACGCUUGGUUUCUCCCCUCCCUGCCCCUCGCCGCCUUUCUCCGCUCCCCACCUCCCCCCUCUCCCUGCCCCCCCACUCUCCUCCACUUGCCCUUGGCUUCCCACCUCCCUGCCCCACCUUUCCCCCCUCCGUGUGCUCAGCUUCUCCCCUCCCUGCCUCUCCCUCCUCCCCGCCCUGCCCCUCAUUUUCCGCCCCCCCACGCCCGGUUUCUCCCCUCCCUGCACCUCCCUUUCUUUCUCCGUGCCUCUCCUUUGCUCCCUCCCUGCCCCCGCCUGCCCAUGCCCCUGUCUUUGGUUUCUCCCCUCCCUGCCCCACGUUUCUUCCCUCCCUGAGAUCACCUUGUACCCCCUCUGCCCCUCCCUUGUUCUCCCCGCACCCAUUGCUUCUCCCCUCCCUGCCCUUGAUUUCCCGCACCCCUGCCCUUGUUUCCUACCAUCCAUGCCCCUCGUUUCCCCUCUUUGUACGUUCACCCUCUUCCCUCCCUGCCCCUCCCUUCCUCCCCCCCUGCCCUUUGCUUUCCCCUCCCCCUGCCCGUUGCUGCCCCUCCCCUUGCCCCCUCAACUCCCCUGCCCCCCGUACACCCCACUCCCGUCCAACCGCCCCCACCCUCCCCCGGCUGCCCGUUUCCGCUCUCCACCCCCGCGACCGUGUGCGGCUUCCAACCGCCCAACGGUGUCACACCCCCUGCCCCCUCAUGCCAUCCGCUCCCCCCGCCCCUACCCUCCGCGUGCCCGCUCCCUCGCCGCCUCUUUUGACCCUCCCUGCCCCCCUCGCCGUUACCCACCGCUCGCCAUUCGCUCCUCCCCGCCCGUGCCCUCCCCUCGUUUACCUUCGCCUCCCCCCUCCCCUCCUCUGCUGCACGCCUCUUCCUUCCCCUCGCUAACCCACUCCACUCCCUGCCCCUCCUCAAUCCGCACCCUGCCCCUCGUUUCUCGCCCCCCUACGCUUGGUUUCUCCCCUCCCUGCCCCUCGCCGCCUUUCUCCGCUCCCCACCUCCCCCCUCUCCCUGCCCCCCCACUCUCCUCCACUUGCCCUUGGCUUCCCACCUCCCUGCCCCACCUUUCCCCCCUCCGUGUGCUCAGCUUCUCCCCUCCCUGCCUCUCCCUCCUCCCCGCCCUGCCCCUCAUUUUCCGCCCCCCCACGCCCGGUUUCUCCCCUCCCUGCACCUCCCUUUCUUUCUCCGUGCCUCUCCUUUGCUCCCUCCCUGCCCCCGCCUGCCCAUGCCCCUGUCUUUGGUUUCUCCCCUCCCUGCCCCACGUUUCUUCCCUCCCUGAGAUCACCUUGUACCCCCUCUGCCCCUCCCUUGUUCUCCCCGCACCCAUUGCUUCUCCCCUCCCUGCCCUUGAUUUCCCGCACCCCUGCCCUUGUUUCCUACCAUCCAUGCCCCUCGUUUCCCCUCUUUGUACGUUCACCCUCUUCCCUCCCUGCCCCUCCCUUCCUCCCCCCCUGCCCUUUGCUUUCCCCUCCCCCUGCCCGUUGCUGCCCCUCCCCUUGCCCCCUCAACUCCCCUGCCCCCCGUACACCCCACUCCCGUCCAACCGCCCCCACCCUCCCCCGGCUGCCCGUUUCCGCUCUCCACCCCCGCGACCGUGUGCGGCUUCCAACCGCCCAACGGUGUCACACCCCCUGCCCCCUCAUGCCAUCCGCUCCCCCCGCCCCUACCCUCCGCGUGCCCGCUCCCUCGCCGCCUCUUUUGACCCUCCCUGCCCCCCUCGCCGUUACCCACCGCUCGCCAUUCGCUCCUCCCCGCCCGUGCCCUCCCCUCGUUUACCUUCGCCUCCCCCCUCCCCUCCUCUGCUGCACGCCUCUUCCUUCCCCUCGCUAACCCACUCCACUCCCUGCCCCUCCUCAAUCCGCACCCUGCCCCUCGUUUCUCGCCCCCCUAUGCUUGGUUUCUCCCCCCCUGCCCUUUGCUUUCCCCUCGUUACGCUCCCUUCUCCCCAUCCCUGCUGCCCUCUUACCACCAUCAGCCCCCCCUGCCCGUUGCUGCCCCUCCCCUUGCCCCCUCAACUCCCCUGCCCCCCGUACACCCCACUCCCGUCCAACCGCCCCCACCCUCCCCCGGCUGCCCGUUUCCGCUCUCCACCCCCGCGACCGUGUGCGGCUUCCAACCGCCCAACGGUGUCACACCCCCUGCCCCCUCAUGCCAUCCGCUCCCCCCGCCCCUACCCUCCGCGUGCCCGCUCCCUCGCCGCCUCUUUUGACCCUCCCUGCCCCCCUCGCCGUUACCCACCGCUCGCCAUUCGCUCCUCCCCGCCCGUGCCCUCCCCUCGUUUACCUUCGCCUCCCCCCUCCCCUCCUCUGCUGCACGCCUCUUCCUUCCCCUCGCUAACCCACUCCACUCCCUGCCCCUCCUCAAUCCGCACCCUGCCCCUCGUUUCUCGCCCCCCUACGCUUGGUUUCUCCCCUCCCUGCCCCUCGCCGCCUUUCUCCGCUCCCCACCUCCCCCCUCUCCCUGCCCCCCCACUCUCCUCCACUUGCCCUUGGCUUCCCACCUCCCUGCCCCACCUUUCCCCCCUCCGUGUGCUCAGCUUCUCCCCUCCCUGCCUCUCCCUCCUCCCCGCCCUGCCCCUCAUUUUCCGCCCCCCCACGCCCGGUUUCUCCCCUCCCUGCACCUCCCUUUCUUUCUCCGUGCCUCUCCUUUGCUCCCUCCCUGCCCCCGCCUGCCCAUGCCCCUGUCUUUGGUUUCUCCCCUCCCUGCCCCACGUUUCUUCCCUCCCUGAGAUCACCUUGUACCCCCUCUGCCCCUCCCUUGUUCUCCCCGCACCCAUUGCUUCUCCCCUCCCUGCCCUUGAUUUCCCGCACCCCUGCCCUUGUUUCCUACCAUCCAUGCCCCUCGUUUCCCCUCUUUGUACGUUCACCCUCUUCCCUCCCUGCCCCUCCCUUCCUCCCCCCCUGCCCUUUGCUUUCCCCUCGUUACGCUCCCUUCUCCCCAUCCCUGCUGCCCUCUUACCACCAUCAGCCCGUCCCCACCACCAGCCCCCCUCCCACCCUUCUCCCCCCCCCCCCUCUCCCUCUCUCUCUCUCUCUCUCUCUCUUUCUCUCGCACACACACACACACACACACUCCCCUCCCCCACCCCCCACCCACAUCCUCCCGUUCUGCCCCUCCCUGCCCCUGUUCCACCCCCUCGCACGCCCCUCACCUCUCACCUCCGUUCAACUGGAUUCCCCCCCUCUGGUGCAUCCCUUGCAUCGCUCGCCCCUCUGCUCACCCUCUGCCCGCCCCUUUUCCUUGCCCUCAGCUGGCCCAGCCCCUGCCCGUUGCUGCCCCUCCCCUUGCCCCCUCAACUCCCCUGCCCCCCGUACACCCCACUCCCGUCCAACCGCCCCCACCCUCCCCCGGCUGCCCGUUUCCGCUCUCCACCCCCGCGACCGUGUGCGGCUUCCAACCGCCCAACGGUGUCACACCCCCUGCCCCCUCAUGCCAUCCGCUCCCCCCGCCCCUACCCUCCGCGUGCCCGCUCCCUCGCCGCCUCUUUUGACCCUCCCUGCCCCCCUCGCCGUUACCCACCGCUCGCCAUUCGCUCCUCCCCGCCCGUGCCCUCCCCUCGUUUACCUUCGCCUCCCCCCUCCCCUCCUCUGCUGCACGCCUCUUCCUUCCCCUCGCUAACCCACUCCACUCCCUGCCCCUCCUCAAUCCGCACCCUGCCCCUCGUUUCUCGCCCCCCUACGCUUGGUUUCUCCCCUCCCUGCCCCUCGCCGCCUUUCUCCGCUCCCCACCUCCCCCCUCUCCCUGCCCCCCCACUCUCCUCCACUUGCCCUUGGCUUCCCACCUCCCUGCCCCACCUUUCCCCCCUCCGUGUGCUCAGCUUCUCCCCUCCCUGCCUCUCCCUCCUCCCCGCCCUGCCCCUCAUUUUCCGCCCCCCCACGCCCGGUUUCUCCCCUCCCUGCACCUCCCUUUCUUUCUCCGUGCCUCUCCUUUGCUCCCUCCCUGCCCCCGCCUGCCCAUGCCCCUGUCUUUGGUUUCUCCCCUCCCUGCCCCACGUUUCUUCCCUCCCUGAGAUCACCUUGUACCCCCUCUGCCCCUCCCUUGUUCUCCCCGCACCCAUUGCUUCUCCCCUCCCUGCCCUUGAUUUCCCGCACCCCUGCCCUUGUUUCCUACCAUCCAUGCCCCUCGUUUCCCCUCUUUGUACGUUCACCCUCUUCCCUCCCUGCCCCUCCCUUCCUCCCCCCCUGCCCUUUGCUUUCCCCUCCCCCUGCCCGUUGCUGCCCCUCCCCUUGCCCCCUCAACUCCCCUGCCCCCCGUACACCCCACUCCCGUCCAACCGCCCCCACCCUCCCCCGGCUGCCCGUUUCCGCUCUCCACCCCCGCGACCGUGUGCGGCUUCCAACCGCCCAACGGUGUCACACCCCCUGCCCCCUCAUGCCAUCCGCUCCCCCCGCCCCUACCCUCCGCGUGCCCGCUCCCUCGCCGCCUCUUUUGACCCUCCCUGCCCCCCUCGCCGUUACCCACCGCUCGCCAUUCGCUCCUCCCCGCCCGUGCCCUCCCCUCGUUUACCUUCGCCUCCCCCCUCCCCUCCUCUGCUGCACGCCUCUUCCUUCCCCUCGCUAACCCACUCCACUCCCUGCCCCUCCUCAAUCCGCACCCUGCCCCUCGUUUCUCGCCCCCCUACGCUUGGUUUCUCCCCUCCCUGCCCCUCGCCGCCUUUCUCCGCUCCCCACCUCCCCCCUCUCCCUGCCCCCCCACUCUCCUCCACUUGCCCUUGGCUUCCCACCUCCCUGCCCCACCUUUCCCCCCUCCGUGUGCUCAGCUUCUCCCCUCCCUGCCUCUCCCUCCUCCCCGCCCUGCCCCUCAUUUUCCGCCCCCCCACGCCCGGUUUCUCCCCUCCCUGCACCUCCCUUUCUUUCUCCGUGCCUCUCCUUUGCUCCCUCCCUGCCCCCGCCUGCCCAUGCCCCUGUCUUUGGUUUCUCCCCUCCCUGCCCCACGUUUCUUCCCUCCCUGAGAUCACCUUGUACCCCCUCUGCCCCUCCCUUGUUCUCCCCGCACCCAUUGCUUCUCCCCUCCCUGCCCUUGAUUUCCCGCACCCCUGCCCUUGUUUCCUACCAUCCAUGCCCCUCGUUUCCCCUCUUUGUACGUUCACCCUCUUCCCUCCCUGCCCCUCCCUUCCUCCCCCCCUGCCCUUUGCUUUCCCCUCGUUACGCUCCCUUCUCCCCAUCCCUGCUGCCCUCUUACCACCAUCAGCCCGUCCCCACCACCAGCCCCCCUCCCACCCUUCUCCCCCCCCCCCCUCUCCCUCUCUCUCUCUCUCUCUCUCUCUCUUUCUCUCGCACACACACACACACACACACUCCCCUCCCCCACCCCCCACCCACAUCCUCCCGUUCUGCCCCUCCCUGCCCCUGUUCCACCCCCUCGCACGCCCCUCACCUCUCACCUCCGUUCAACUGGAUUCCCCCCCUCUGUCACACCCCCUGCCCCCUCAUGCCAUCCGCUCCCCCCGCCCCUACCCUCCGCGUGCCCGCUCCCUCGCCGCCUCUUUUGACCCUCCCUGCCCCCCUCGCCGUUACCCACCGCUCGCCAUUCGCUCCUCCCCGCCCGUGCCCUCCCCUCGUUUACCUUCGCCUCCCCCCUCCCCUCCUCUGCUGCACGCCUCUUCCUUCCCCUCGCUAACCCACUCCACUCCCUGCCCCUCCUCAAUCCGCACCCUGCCCCUCGUUUCUCGCCCCCCUACGCUUGGUUUCUCCCCUCCCUGCCCCUCGCCGCCUUUCUCCGCUCCCCACCUCCCCCCUCUCCCUGCCCCCCCACUCUCCUCCACUUGCCCUUGGCUUCCCACCUCCCUGCCCCACCUUUCCCCCCUCCGUGUGCUCAGCUUCUCCCCUCCCUGCCUCUCCCUCCUCCCCGCCCUGCCCCUCAUUUUCCGCCCCCCCACGCCCGGUUUCUCCCCUCCCUGCACCUCCCUUUCUUUCUCCGUGCCUCUCCUUUGCUCCCUCCCUGCCCCCGCCUGCCCAUGCCCCUGUCUUUGGUUUCUCCCCUCCCUGCCCCACGUUUCUUCCCUCCCUGAGAUCACCUUGUACCCCCUCUGCCCCUCCCUUGUUCUCCCCGCACCCAUUGCUUCUCCCCUCCCUGCCCUUGAUUUCCCGCACCCCUGCCCUUGUUUCCUACCAUCCAUGCCCCUCGUUUCCCCUCUUUGUACGUUCACCCUCUUCCCUCCCUGCCCCUCCCUUCCUCCCCCCCUGCCCUUUGCUUUCCCCUCGUUACGCUCCCUUCUCCCCAUCCCUGCUGCCCUCUUACCACCAUCAGCCCGUCCCCACCACCAGCCCCCCUCCCACCCUUCUCCCCCCCCCCCCUCUCCCUCUCUCUCUCUCUCUCUCUCUCUCUUUCUCUCGCACACACACACACACACACACUCCCCUCCCCCACCCCCCACCCACAUCCUCCCGUUCUGCCCCUCCCUGCCCCUGUUCCACCCCCUCGCACGCCCCUCACCUCUCACCUCCGUUCAACUGGAUUCCCCCCCUCUGUCACACCCCCUGCCCCCUCAUGCCAUCCGCUCCCCCCGCCCCUACCCUCCGCGUGCCCGCUCCCUCGCCGCCUCUUUUGACCCUCCCUGCCCCCCUCGCCGUUACCCACCGCUCGCCAUUCGCUCCUCCCCGCCCGUGCCCUCCCCUCGUUUACCUUCGCCUCCCCCCUCCCCUCCUCUGCUGCACGCCUCUUCCUUCCCCUCGCUAACCCACUCCACUCCCUGCCCCUCCUCAAUCCGCACCCUGCCCCUCGUUUCUCGCCCCCCUACGCUUGGUUUCUCCCCUCCCUGCCCCUCGCCGCCUUUCUCCGCUCCCCACCUCCCCCCUCUCCCUGCCCCCCCACUCUCCUCCACUUGCCCUUGGCUUCCCACCUCCCUGCCCCACCUUUCCCCCCUCCGUGUGCUCAGCUUCUCCCCUCCCUGCCUCUCCCUCCUCCCCGCCCUGCCCCUCAUUUUCCGCCCCCCCACGCCCGGUUUCUCCCCUCCCUGCACCUCCCUUUCUUUCUCCGUGCCUCUCCUUUGCUCCCUCCCUGCCCCCGCCUGCCCAUGCCCCUGUCUUUGGUUUCUCCCCUCCCUGCCCCACGUUUCUUCCCUCCCUGAGAUCACCUUGUACCCCCUCUGCCCCUCCCUUGUUCUCCCCGCACCCAUUGCUUCUCCCCUCCCUGCCCUUGAUUUCCCGCACCCCUGCCCUUGUUUCCUACCAUCCAUGCCCCUCGUUUCCCCUCUUUGUACGUUCACCCUCUUCCCUCCCUGCCCCUCCCUUCCUCCCCCCCUGCCCUUUGCUUUCCCCUCCCCCUGCCCGUUGCUGCCCCUCCCCUUGCCCCCUCAACUCCCCUGCCCCCCGUACACCCCACUCCCGUCCAACCGCCCCCACCCUCCCCCGGCUGCCCGUUUCCGCUCUCCACCCCCGCGACCGUGUGCGGCUUCCAACCGCCCAACGGUGUCACACCCCCUGCCCCCUCAUGCCAUCCGCUCCCCCCGCCCCUACCCUCCGCGUGCCCGCUCCCUCGCCGCCUCUUUUGACCCUCCCUGCCCCCCUCGCCGUUACCCACCGCUCGCCAUUCGCUCCUCCCCGCCCGUGCCCUCCCCUCGUUUACCUUCGCCUCCCCCCUCCCCUCCUCUGCUGCACGCCUCUUCCUUCCCCUCGCUAACCCACUCCACUCCCUGCCCCUCCUCAAUCCGCACCCUGCCCCUCGUUUCUCGCCCCCCUACGCUUGCUUCUCCCCUCCCUGCCUCUCCCUCCUCCCCGCCCUGCCCCUCAUUUUCCGCCCCCCCACGCCCGGUUUCUCCCCUCCCUGCACCUCCCUUUCUUUCUCCGUGCCUCUCCUUUGCUCCCUCCCUGCCCCCCGCCUGCCCAUGCCCCUGUCUUUGGUUUCUCCCCUCCCUGCCCCACGUUUCUUCCCUCCCUGAGAUCACCUUGUACCCCCUCUGCCCCUCCCUUGUUCUCCCCGCACCCAUUGCUUCUCCCCUCCCUGCCCUUGAUUUCCCGCACCCCUGCCCUUGUUUCCUACCAUCCAUGCCCCUCGUUUCCCCUCUUUGUACGUUCACCCUCUUCCCUCCCUGCCCCUCCCUUCCUCCCCCCCUGCCCUUUGCUUUCCCCUCGUUACGCUCCCUUCUCCCCAUCCCUGCUGCCCUCUUACCACCAUCAGCCCGUCCCCACCACCAGCCCCCCUCCCACCCUUCUCCCCCCCCCCCCUCUCCCUCUCUCUCUCUCUCUCUCUCUCUUUCUCUCGCACACACACACACACACACACUCCCCUCCCCCACCCCCCACCCACAUCCUCCCGUUCUGCCCCUCCCUGCCCCUGUUCCACCCCCUCGCACGCCCCUCACCUCUCACCUCCGUUCAACUGGAUUCCCCCCCUCUGGUGCAUCCCUUGCAUCGCUCGCCCCUCUGCUCACCCUCUGCCCGCCCCUUUUCCUUGCCCUCAGCUGGCCCAGCCCCUGCCCGUUGCUGCCCCUCCCCUUGCCCCCUCAACUCCCCUGCCCCCCGUACACCCCACUCCCGUCCAACCGCCCCCACCCUCCCCCGGCUGCCCGUUUCCGCUCUCCACCCCCGCGACCGUGUGCGGCUUCCAACCGCCCAACGGUGUCACACCCCCUGCCCCCUCAUGCCAUCCGCUCCCCCCGCCCCUACCCUCCGCGUGCCCGCUCCCUCGCCGCCUCUUUUGACCCUCCCUGCCCCCCUCGCCGUUACCCACCGCUCGCCAUUCGCUCCUCCCCGCCCGUGCCCUCCCCUCGUUUACCUUCGCCUCCCCCCUCCCCUCCUCUGCUGCACGCCUCUUCCUUCCCCUCGCUAACCCACUCCACUCCCUGCCCCUCCUCAAUCCGCACCCUGCCCCUCGUUUCUCGCCCCCCUACGCUUGGUUUCUCCCCUCCCUGCCCCUCGCCGCCUUUCUCCGCUCCCCACCUCCCCCCUCUCCCUGCCCCCCCACUCUCCUCCACUUGCCCUUGGCUUCCCACCUCCCUGCCCCACCUUUCCCCCCUCCGUGUGCUCAGCUUCUCCCCUCCCUGCCUCUCCCUCCUCCCCGCCCUGCCCCUCAUUUUCCGCCCCCCCACGCCCGGUUUCUCCCCUCCCUGCACCUCCCUUUCUUUCUCCGUGCCUCUCCUUUGCUCCCUCCCUGCCCCCGCCUGCCCAUGCCCCUGUCUUUGGUUUCUCCCCUCCCUGCCCCACGUUUCUUCCCUCCCUGAGAUCACCUUGUACCCCCUCUGCCCCUCCCUUGUUCUCCCCGCACCCAUUGCUUCUCCCCUCCCUGCCCUUGAUUUCCCGCACCCCUGCCCUUGUUUCCUACCAUCCAUGCCCCUCGUUUCCCCUCUUUGUACGUUCACCCUCUUCCCUCCCUGCCCCUCCCUUCCUCCCCCCUGCCCUUUGCUUUCCCCUCGUUACGCUCCCUUCUCCCCAUCCCUGCUGCCCUCUUACCACCAUCAGCCCUCACACCCCCUGCCCCCUCAUGCCAUCCGCUCCCCCCGCCCCUACCCUCCGCGUGCCCGCUCCCUCGCCGCCUCUUUUGACCCUCCCUGCCCCCCUCGCCGUUACCCACCGCUCGCCAUUCGCUCCUCCCCGCCCGUGCCCUCCCCUCGUUUACCUUCGCCUCCCCCCUCCCCUCCUCUGCUGCACGCCUCUUCCUUCCCCUCGCUAACCCACUCCACUCCCUGCCCCUCCUCAAUCCGCACCCUGCCCCUCGUUUCUCGCCCCCCUACGCUUGGUUUCUCCCCUCCCUGCCCCUCGCCGCCUUUCUCCGCUCCCCACCUCCCCCCUCUCCCUGCCCCCCCACUCUCCUCCACUUGCCCUUGGCUUCCCACCUCCCUGCCCCACCUUUCCCCCCUCCGUGUGCUCAGCUUCUCCCCUCCCUGCCUCUCCCUCCUCCCCGCCCUGCCCCUCAUUUUCCGCCCCCCCACGCCCGGUUUCUCCCCUCCCUGCACCUCCCUUUCUUUCUCCGUGCCUCUCCUUUGCUCCCUCCCUGCCCCCGCCUGCCCAUGCCCCUGUCUUUGGUUUCUCCCCUCCCUGCCCCACGUUUCUUCCCUCCCUGAGAUCACCUUGUACCCCCUCUGCCCCUCCCUUGUUCUCCCCGCACCCAUUGCUUCUCCCCUCCCUGCCCUUGAUUUCCCGCACCCCUGCCCUUGUUUCCUACCAUCCAUGCCCCUCGUUUCCCCUCUUUGUACGUUCACCCUCUUCCCUCCCUGCCCCUCCCUUCCUCCCCCCCUGCCCUUUGCUUUCCCCUCGUUACGCUCCCUUCUCCCCAUCCCUGCUGCCCUCUUACCACCAUCAGCCCGUCCCCACCACCAGCCCCCCUCCCACCCUUCUCCCCCCCCCCCCUCUCCCUCUCUCUCUCUCUCUCUCUCUCUCUUUCUCUCGCACACACACACACACACACACUCCCCUCCCCCACCCCCCACCCACAUCCUCCCGUUCUGCCCCUCCCUGCCCCUGUUCCACCCCCUCGCACGCCCCUCACCUCUCACCUCCGUUCAACUGGAUUCCCCCCCUCUGUCACACCCCCUGCCCCCUCAUGCCAUCCGCUCCCCCCGCCCCUACCCUCCGCGUGCCCGCUCCCUCGCCGCCUCUUUUGACCCUCCCUGCCCCCCUCGCCGUUACCCACCGCUCGCCAUUCGCUCCUCCCCGCCCGUGCCCUCCCCUCGUUUACCUUCGCCUCCCCCCUCCCCUCCUCUGCUGCACGCCUCUUCCUUCCCCUCGCUAACCCACUCCACUCCCUGCCCCUCCUCAAUCCGCACCCUGCCCCUCGUUUCUCGCCCCCCUACGCUUGGUUUCUCCCCUCCCUGCCCCUCGCCGCCUUUCUCCGCUCCCCACCUCCCCCCUCUCCCUGCCCCCCCACUCUCCUCCACUUGCCCUUGGCUUCCCACCUCCCUGCCCCACCUUUCCCCCCUCCGUGUGCUCAGCUUCUCCCCUCCCUGCCUCUCCCUCCUCCCCGCCCUGCCCCUCAUUUUCCGCCCCCCCACGCCCGGUUUCUCCCCUCCCUGCACCUCCCUUUCUUUCUCCGUGCCUCUCCUUUGCUCCCUCCCUGCCCCCGCCUGCCCAUGCCCCUGUCUUUGGUUUCUCCCCUCCCUGCCCCACGUUUCUUCCCUCCCUGAGAUCACCUUGUACCCCCUCUGCCCCUCCCUUGUUCUCCCCGCACCCAUUGCUUCUCCCCUCCCUGCCCUUGAUUUCCCGCACCCCUGCCCUUGUUUCCUACCAUCCAUGCCCCUCGUUUCCCCUCUUUGUACGUUCACCCUCUUCCCUCCCUGCCCCUCCCUUCCUCCCCCCCUGCCCUUUGCUUUCCCCUCGUUACGCUCCCUUCUCCCCAUCCCUGCUGCCCUCUUACCACCAUCAGCCCGUCCCCACCACCAGCCCCCCUCCCACCCUUCUCCCCCCCCCCCUCUCCCUCUCUCUCUCUCUCUCUCUCUCUUUCUCUCGCACACACACACACACACACACACUCCCCUCCCCCACCCCCCACCCACAUCCUCCCGUUCUGCCCCUCCCUGCCCCUGUUCCACCCCCUCGCACGCCCCUCACCUCUCACCUCCGUUCAACUGGAUUCCCCCCCUCUGCCCCUGCCCGUUGCUGCCCCUCCCCUUGCCCCCUCAACUCCCCUGCCCCCCGUACACCCCACUCCCGUCCAACCGCCCCCACCCUCCCCCGGCUGCCCGUUUCCGCUCUCCACCCCCGCGACCGUGUGCGGCUUCCAACCGCCCAACGGUGUCACACCCCCUGCCCCCUCAUGCCAUCCGCUCCCCCCGCCCCUACCCUCCGCGUGCCCGCUCCCUCGCCGCCUCUUUUGACCCUCCCUGCCCCCCUCGCCGUUACCCACCGCUCGCCAUUCGCUCCUCCCCGCCCGUGCCCUCCCCUCGUUUACCUUCGCCUCCCCCCUCCCCUCCUCUGCUGCACGCCUCUUCCUUCCCCUCGCUAACCCACUCCACUCCCUGCCCCUCCUCAAUCCGCACCCUGCCCCUCGUUUCUCGCCCCCCUACGCUUGCUUCUCCCCUCCCUGCCUCUCCCUCCUCCCCGCCCUGCCCCUCAUUUUCCGCCCCCCCACGCCCGGUUUCUCCCCUCCCUGCACCUCCCUUUCUUUCUCCGUGCCUCUCCUUUGCUCCCUCCCUGCCCCCCGCCUGCCCAUGCCCCUGUCUUUGGUUUCUCCCCUCCCUGCCCCACGUUUCUUCCCUCCCUGAGAUCACCUUGUACCCCCUCUGCCCCUCCCUUGUUCUCCCCGCACCCAUUGCUUCUCCCCUCCCUGCCCUUGAUUUCCCGCACCCCUGCCCUUGUUUCCUACCAUCCAUGCCCCUCGUUUCCCCUCUUUGUACGUUCACCCUCUUCCCUCCCUGCCCCUCCCUUCCUCCCCCCCUGCCCUUUGCUUUCCCCUCGUUACGCUCCCUUCUCCCCAUCCCUGCUGCCCUCUUACCACCAUCAGCCCGUCCCCACCACCAGCCCCCCUCCCACCCUUCUCCCCCCCCCCCCUCUCCCUCUCUCUCUCUCUCUCUCUCUCUCUUUCUCUCGCACACACACACACACACACACUCCCCUCCCCCACCCCCCACCCACAUCCUCCCGUUCUGCCCCUCCCUGCCCCUGUUCCACCCCCUCGCACGCCCCUCACCUCUCACCUCCGUUCAACUGGAUUCCCCCCCUCUGUCACACCCCCUGCCCCCUCAUGCCAUCCGCUCCCCCCGCCCCUACCCUCCGCGUGCCCGCUCCCUCGCCGCCUCUUUUGACCCUCCCUGCCCCCCUCGCCGUUACCCACCGCUCGCCAUUCGCUCCUCCCCGCCCGUGCCCUCCCCUCGUUUACCUUCGCCUCCCCCCUCCCCUCCUCUGCUGCACGCCUCUUCCUUCCCCUCGCUAACCCACUCCACUCCCUGCCCCUCCUCAAUCCGCACCCUGCCCCUCGUUUCUCGCCCCCCUACGCUUGGUUUCUCCCCUCCCUGCCCCUCGCCGCCUUUCUCCGCUCCCCACCUCCCCCCUCUCCCUGCCCCCCCACUCUCCUCCACUUGCCCUUGGCUUCCCACCUCCCUGCCCCACCUUUCCCCCCUCCGUGUGCUCAGCUUCUCCCCUCCCUGCCUCUCCCUCCUCCCCGCCCUGCCCCUCAUUUUCCGCCCCCCCACGCCCGGUUUCUCCCCUCCCUGCACCUCCCUUUCUUUCUCCGUGCCUCUCCUUUGCUCCCUCCCUGCCCCCGCCUGCCCAUGCCCCUGUCUUUGGUUUCUCCCCUCCCUGCCCCACGUUUCUUCCCUCCCUGAGAUCACCUUGUACCCCCUCUGCCCCUCCCUUGUUCUCCCCGCACCCAUUGCUUCUCCCCUCCCUGCCCUUGAUUUCCCGCACCCCUGCCCUUGUUUCCUACCAUCCAUGCCCCUCGUUUCCCCUCUUUGUACGUUCACCCUCUUCCCUCCCUGCCCCUCCCUUCCUCCCCCCCUGCCCUUUGCUUUCCCCUCCCCCUGCCCGUUGCUGCCCCUCCCCUUGCCCCCUCAACUCCCCUGCCCCCCGUACACCCCACUCCCGUCCAACCGCCCCCACCCUCCCCCGGCUGCCCGUUUCCGCUCUCCACCCCCGCGACCGUGUGCGGCUUCCAACCGCCCAACGGUGUCACACCCCCUGCCCCCUCAUGCCAUCCGCUCCCCCCGCCCCUACCCUCCGCGUGCCCGCUCCCUCGCCGCCUCUUUUGACCCUCCCUGCCCCCCUCGCCGUUACCCACCGCUCGCCAUUCGCUCCUCCCCGCCCGUGCCCUCCCCUCGUUUACCUUCGCCUCCCCCCUCCCCUCCUCUGCUGCACGCCUCUUCCUUCCCCUCGCUAACCCACUCCACUCCCUGCCCCUCCUCAAUCCGCACCCUGCCCCUCGUUUCUCGCCCCCCUACGCUUGGUUUCUCCCCUCCCUGCCCCUCGCCGCCUUUCUCCGCUCCCCACCUCCCCCCUCUCCCUGCCCCCCCACUCUCCUCCACUUGCCCUUGGCUUCCCACCUCCCUGCCCCACCUUUCCCCCCUCCGUGUGCUCAGCUUCUCCCCUCCCUGCCUCUCCCUCCUCCCCGCCCUGCCCCUCAUUUUCCGCCCCCCCACGCCCGGUUUCUCCCCUCCCUGCACCUCCCUUUCUUUCUCCGUGCCUCUCCUUUGCUCCCUCCCUGCCCCCGCCUGCCCAUGCCCCUGUCUUUGGUUUCUCCCCUCCCUGCCCCACGUUUCUUCCCUCCCUGAGAUCACCUUGUACCCCCUCUGCCCCUCCCUUGUUCUCCCCGCACCCAUUGCUUCUCCCCUCCCUGCCCUUGAUUUCCCGCACCCCUGCCCUUGUUUCCUACCAUCCAUGCCCCUCGUUUCCCCUCUUUGUACGUUCACCCUCUUCCCUCCCUGCCCCUCCCUUCCUCCCCCCCUGCCCUUUGCUUUCCCCUCCCCCUGCCCGUUGCUGCCCCUCCCCUUGCCCCCUCAACUCCCCUGCCCCCCGUACACCCCACUCCCGUCCAACCGCCCCCACCCUCCCCCGGCUGCCCGUUUCCGCUCUCCACCCCCGCGACCGUGUGCGGCUUCCAACCGCCCAACGGUGUCACACCCCCUGCCCCCUCAUGCCAUCCGCUCCCCCCGCCCCUACCCUCCGCGUGCCCGCUCCCUCGCCGCCUCUUUUGACCCUCCCUGCCCCCCUCGCCGUUACCCACCGCUCGCCAUUCGCUCCUCCCCGCCCGUGCCCUCCCCUCGUUUACCUUCGCCUCCCCCCUCCCCUCCUCUGCUGCACGCCUCUUCCUUCCCCUCGCUAACCCACUCCACUCCCUGCCCCUCCUCAAUCCGCACCCUGCCCCUCGUUUCUCGCCCCCCUACGCUUGGUUUCUCCCCUCCCUGCCCCUCGCCGCCUUUCUCCGCUCCCCACCUCCCCCCUCUCCCUGCCCCCCCACUCUCCUCCACUUGCCCUUGGCUUCCCACCUCCCUGCCCCACCUUUCCCCCCUCCGUGUGCUCAGCUUCUCCCCUCCCUGCCUCUCCCUCCUCCCCGCCCUGCCCCUCAUUUUCCGCCCCCCCACGCCCGGUUUCUCCCCUCCCUGCACCUCCCUUUCUUUCUCCGUGCCUCUCCUUUGCUCCCUCCCUGCCCCCGCCUGCCCAUGCCCCUGUCUUUGGUUUCUCCCCUCCCUGCCCCACGUUUCUUCCCUCCCUGAGAUCACCUUGUACCCCCUCUGCCCCUCCCUUGUUCUCCCCGCACCCAUUGCUUCUCCCCUCCCUGCCCUUGAUUUCCCGCACCCCUGCCCUUGUUUCCUACCAUCCAUGCCCCUCGUUUCCCCUCUUUGUACGUUCACCCUCUUCCCUCCCUGCCCCUCCCUUCCUCCCCCCCUGCCCUUUGCUUUCCCCUCGUUACGCUCCCUUCUCCCCAUCCCUGCUGCCCUCUUACCACCAUCAGCCCGUCCCCACCACCAGCCCCCCUCCCACCCUUCUCCCCCCCCCCCUCUCACCUCUCUCUCUCUCUCUCUCUCUCUUUCUCUCGCACACACACACACACACACACUCCCCUCCCCCACCCCCCACCCACAUCCUCCCGUUCUGCCCCUCCCUGCCCCUGUUCCACCCCCUCGCACGCCCCUCACCUCUCACCUCCGUUCAACUGGAUUCCCCCCCUCUGGUGCAUCCCUUGCAUCGCUCGCCCCUCUGCUCACCCUCUGCCCGCCCCUUUUCCUUGCCCUCAGCUGGCCCAGCCCCUGCCCGUUGCUGCCCCUCCCCUUGCCCCCUCAACUCCCCUGCCCCCCGUACACCCCACUCCCGUCCAACCGCCCCCACCCUCCCCCGGCUGCCCGUUUCCGCUCUCCACCCCCGCGACCGUGUGCGGCUUCCAACCGCCCAACGGUGUCACACCCCCUGCCCCCUCAUGCCAUCCGCUCCCCCCGCCCCUACCCUCCGCGUGCCCGCUCCCUCGCCGCCUCUUUUGACCCUCCCUGCCCCCCUCGCCGUUACCCACCGCUCGCCAUUCGCUCCUCCCCGCCCGUGCCCUCCCCUCGUUUACCUUCGCCUCCCCCCUCCCCUCCUCUGCUGCACGCCUCUUUCCUUCCCUCGCUAACCCACUCCACUCCCUGCCCCUCCUCAAUCCGCACCCUGCCCCUCGUUUCUCGCCCCCCUACGCUUGGUUUCUCCCCUCCCUGCCCCUCGCCGCCUUUCUCCGCUCCCCACCUCCCCCCUCUCCCUGCCCCCCCACUCUCCUCCACUUGCCCUUGGCUUCCCACCUCCCUGCCCCACCUUUCCCCCCUCCGUGUGCUCAGCUUCUCCCCUCCCUGCCUCUCCCUCCUCCCCGCCCUGCCCCUCAUUUUCCGCCCCCCCACGCCCGGUUUCUCCCCUCCCUGCACCUCCCUUUCUUUCUCCGUGCCUCUCCUUUGCUCCCUCCCUGCCCCCGCCUGCCCAUGCCCCUGUCUUUGGUUUCUCCCCUCCCUGCCCCACGUUUCUUCCCUCCCUGAGAUCACCUUGUACCCCCUCUGCCCCUCCCUUGUUCUCCCCGCACCCAUUGCUUCUCCCCUCCCUGCCCUUGAUUUCCCGCACCCCUGCCCUUGUUUCCUACCAUCCAUGCCCCUCGUUUCCCCUCUUUGUACGUUCACCCUCUUCCCUCCCUGCCCCUCCCUUCCUCCCCCCCUGCCCUUUGCUUUCCCCUCGUUACGCUCCCUUCUCCCCAUCCCUGCUGCCCUCUUACCACCAUCAGCCCCCCCUGCCCGUUGCUGCCCCUCCCCUUGCCCCCUCAACUCCCCUGCCCCCCGUACACCCCACUCCCGUCCAACCGCCCCCACCCUCCCCCGGCUGCCCGUUUCCGCUCUCCACCCCCGCGACCGUGUGCGGCUUCCAACCGCCCAACGGUGUCACACCCCCUGCCCCCUCAUGCCAUCCGCUCCCCCCGCCCCUACCCUCCGCGUGCCCGCCUCCCUCGCCGCCUCUUUUGACCCUCCCUGCCCCCCUCGCCGUUACCCACCGCUCGCCAUUCGCUCCUCCCCGCCCGUGCCCUCCCCUCGUUUACCUUCGCCUCCCCCCUCCCCUCCUCUGCUGCACGCCUCUUCCUUCCCCUCGCUAACCCACUCCACUCCCUGCCCCUCCUCAAUCCGCACCCUGCCCCUCCUUCUCCCCUCCCUGCCUCUCCCUCCUCCCCGCCCUGCCCCUCAUUUUCCGCCCCCCCACGCCCGGUUUCUCCCCUCCCUGCACCUCCCUUUCUUUCUCCGUGCCUCUCCUUUGCUCCCUCCCUGCCCCCCGCCUGCCCAUGCCCCUGUCUUUGGUUUCUCCCCUCCCUGCCCCACGUUUCUUCCCUCCCUGAGAUCACCUUGUACCCCCUCUGCCCCUCCCUUGUUCUCCCCGCACCCAUUGCUUCUCCCCUCCCUGCCCUUGAUUUCCCGCACCCUGCCCUUGUUUCCUACCAUCCAUGCCCCUCGUUUCCCCUCUUUGUACGUUCACCCUCUUCCCUCCCUGCCCCUCCCUUCCUCCCCCCCUGCCCUUUGCUUUCCCCUCGUUACGCUCCCUUCUCCCCAUCCCUGCUGCCCUCUUACCACCAUCAGCCCGUCCCCACCACCAGCCCCCCUCCCACCCUUCUCCCCCCCCCCCCUCUCCCUCUCUCUCCUCUCUCUCUCUCUCUUUCUCUCGCACACACACACACACACACACUCCCCUCCCCCACCCCCCACCCACGAUCCUCCCGUUCUGCCCCUCCCUGCCCCUGUUCCACCCCCUCGCACGCCCCUCACCUCUCACCUCCGUUCAACUGGAUUCCCCCCCUCUGGUGCAUCCCUUGCAUCGCUCGCCCCUCUGCUCACCCUCUGCCCGCCCCUUUUCCUUGCCCUCAGCUGGCCCAGCCCCUGCCCGUUGCUGCCCCUCCCCUUGCCCCCUCAACUCCCCUGCCCCCCGUACACCCCACUCCCGUCCAACCGCCCCCACCCUCCCCCGGCUGCCCGUUUCCGCUCUCCACCCCCGCGACCGUGUGCGGCUUCCAACCGCCCAACGGUGUCACACCCCCUGCCCCCUCAUGCCAUCCGCUCCCCCCGCCCCUACCCUCCGCGUGCCCGCUCCCUCGCCGCCUCUUUUGACCCUCCCUGCCCCCCUCGCCGUUACCCACCGCUCGCCAUUCGCUCCUCCCCGCCCGUGCCCUCCCCUCGUUUACCUUCGCCUCCCCCCUCCCCUCCUCUGCUGCACGCCUCUUCCUUCCCCUCGCUAACCCACUCCACUCCCUGCCCCUCCUCAAUCCGCACCCUGCCCCUCGUUUCUCGCCCCCCUACGCUUGGUUUCUCCCCUCCCUGCCCCUCGCCGCCUUUCUCCGCUCCCCACCUCCCCCCUCUCCCUGCCCCCCCCACUCUCCUCCACUUGCCCUUGGCUUCCCACCUCCCUGCCCCACCUUUCCCCCCUCCGUGUGCUCAGCUUCUCCCCUCCCUGCCUCUCCCUCCUCCCCGCCCUGCCCCUCAUUUUCCGCCCCCCCACGCCCGGUUUUCUCCCCUCCCUGCACCUCCCUUUCUUUCUCCGUGCCUCUCCUUUGCUCCUCCCUGCCCCCGCCUGCCCAUGCCCCUGUCUUGGUUUCUCCCCUCCCUGCCCCACGUUUCUUCCCUCCCUGAGAUCACCUUGUACCCCCUCUGCCCCUCCCUUGUUCUCCCCGCACCCAUUGCUUCUCCCCUCCCUGCCCUUGAUUUCCCGCACCCCUGCCCUUGUUUCCUACCAUCCAUGCCCCUCGUUUCCCCUCUUUGUACGUUCACCCUCUUCCCUCCCUGCCCCUCCCUUCCUCCCCCCCCUGCCCUUUGCUUUCCCCUCGUUACGCUCCCUUCUCCCCAUCCCUGCUGCCCUCUUACCACCAUCAGCCCGUCCCCACCACCAGCCCCCCUCCCACCCUUCUCCCCCCCCCCCCUCUCCCUCUCCUCUCUCUCUCUCUCUCUCUUUCCUCUCGCACACACACACACACACACACUCCCCUCCCCCACCCCCCACCCACAUCCUCCCGUUCUGCCCUCCCUGCCCCUGUUCCACCCCCUCGCACGCCCCUCACCUCUCACCUCCGUUCAACUGGAUUCCCCCCCUCUGGUGCAUCCCUUGCAUCGCUCGCCCCUCUGCUCACCCUCUGCCCGCCCCUUUUCCUUGCCCUCAGCUGGCCCAGCCCCUGCCCGUUGCUGCCCCUCCCCUUGCCCCCUCAACUUCCCCUGCCCCCCGUACACCCCACUCCCGUCCAACCGCCCCCACCCUCCCCGGCUGCCCGUUUCCGCUCUCCACCCCCGCGACCGUGUGGCGGCUUCCAACCGCCCAACGGUGGUGCGCACGGGGCGUUUCUUUUCUUCGCGCGGGCAAGCCUCCCCGGGGGCCCCCCACCCCGCUGACUCGUUGUUCGGGCAAUACGCGAGCAAAAAAAACGGAAAUAAAAAAGUCGGACGCGCUAAAAUCGUCCUUUGUUUUUCCCCGCUUGCCCCUCCCCGGCACGUGCCGAGCAAGGGGCAUAAAUGGGUACAACACGAGGACUUCCCGGGAGGUCACCCAGCCCAGUACUGCUUCUCGCCCACCGGCGCUUAG